GUCCGCGCCAGCGCCACCUGUUAUUUUUAGACCUUGUAUUUUGUGGUGCUGGUGGUAGCCAUUAUAUUUAUUAUUCUUUACUGAAAAUUUAAAGUAUUUAAAACGUUAAAAAAUGAUCGGUAGAAGUAAUCUGUUCGUCAGAAAAGCUGCUUGGAAUUUGGCAAGAUACCACGACCAUGGUGGUGUACCUGGAGGGAAUUUGCCAUUCUCCAUUAACAAUAGGUUCAAGUUAACAGCUUUGUUCGUUUUAUUCUUUGGUUCCGGAUUUUCAGCACCUUUCCUCAUCUUGAGACACCAGUUACUUAAAAAGUAAAAUAAUAAUGUGUAUUAGUCAUGAUAGAUCCUAGAGAAUUAUUGUUUAUAUAUGAUAUACAAAUAAUGUGUAUUAAAUUUCCAUAAAACGUAAUAUAUC